AAAAAACCAACCAAAUAAACCACCUAAGACAGAGAAAAUUUAACUCUAACGUUAAUUGUUAUUCCGUUCCUGCAUCAUAGAUCCCCCUUUGUCUUUUAUUACACAAUCCUCCAACAACCGCGCUUUCCUCUUUUAUUUUUCUUUUUUUUUUUUAAUUUCUUCUCAUAAUUUCUCUUCCCUUAUCUUCUUCUUUACAAAAGCUCAAACCCCCCUAAAGCUCUUUUCACUUUUUCUCAAACAUGGCUUUCGAUGGUUUUGUCUCCGACCAUCCCAAAGACAUGCAAACCCUUGCUCUUAACGAACCAUCCUGGGCUUCCGCCUCAGCUGCCGACCUUGACCACUGGGAAAGAGCCAAAUGCAAGGCCGCGAUAAUGGGGCAUCCCAUGUACGACCAGCUGUUGGAAGCACAUGUGGCUUGUCUACGUGUUGCCACGCCUGUUGACCAGCUCGCUAAGAUCGAUGCUCAGUUGGCUAGGUCCCAAGAUAUCUUGGCUAAGUACUCGUCCGCUGCUGCUGCUGCUGCUGCCGGUGCUGCUGAAGAAGAACUCGAUCACUUCAUGGCAAAUUAUGUUCUAUUGCUUGGUUUCUUUAAAGACCAAUUGCAACAACAUGUUCGUGUUCAUGCAAUGGAAGCAGUUAUGGCUUGUUGGGAUCUUGAGCAAUCGCUCCAAAGUUUAACAGGAGUAUCUCCAGGGGAAGGCACUGGUGCAACCAUGUCUGAUGAUGAAGAUGAAGUUGUAGAUAGUGAUACCAGCUUGUUUGAUGGAAGUUUCAAUGGGAUUGACAGCAUGGGAUUUGGCCCUCUCAUCCCAUCUGAAACUGAGAGAUCCUUAAUGGAGCGUGUUAGGCAAGAGCUGAAGCAUGAGCUAAAACAGGGUUACAAGGAGAAAAUUGUGGACGUUAGAGAGGAAAUUCUGCGUAAAAGAAGAGCUGGAAAGCUACCAGGUGACACCACCUCCCUUUUAAAAGCUUGGUGGCAGUCACAUUCCAAGUGGCCUUACCCAACUGAGGAAGACAAAGCAAAAUUAGUGCAGGAAACAGGAUUGCAGUUAAAGCAGAUUAAUAAUUGGUUUAUAAACCAGAGAAAAAGGAAUUGGCAUAGUAACCCCUCUACUUCUCUGAAGAGCAAACGUAAGAGAUGUAAUGCAGGUGACACCAGCAAGGAACACUUAAUGUAAGUAAAAGAACUCUUAUAGAAAACUCCAUGUUUUGCUUUCUGUCCAUAAUGGUGGAAUUGCAGCUUCAGACCAUGCAAUAGAGGCUAUUAUGGGAAAAUCCAGCUAUAAGACAACUUUGGUCAAGUGUUUUAUUUUGUUCAUAUGUUUCAUCAGUAACAAGUAAGUUUGUCAGAUUAAAAAUUGGGUUGACAUGAGCACCAUUCCGUUCUAGUCUGUGCAAUCUGCUGAUAGGUAAUCAUACCUGCAUAACUAUGUUGUUUUAGAAGCUUGAAUUUAGAACAUAUCAGACUCGAAGAUAAGUCCUCUGAAUAGCAUUAAUGUAUAAAUUUUUGGCUCAUACUUCUACGUCUGUGGACAAGAAUGGCUUUAAGUCAUGAGUAUAUAAUGUAAUUCUCUACUUGUUCAAACAUAA